AUGGCGACCGUUAACACCAAGACGGGUCAGAUCGUCGACCGCACAGUCUUGGAGUCGAUGCUCCGACGUCGACUCAUUUACACCCCCUCCUUCGAGAUCUACGGAGGGGUGUCCGGACUCUAUGACUAUGGCCCUCCCGGUUGCGCCGUUCUGAACAACAUCGUUGAUCUAUGGCGCAAGCAUUUUGUACUUGAGGAGGAUAUGCUGGAGGUUGACUGCACCAUGCUGACCCCGCACGAGGUCCUGAAAACUAGCGGACACGUUGAGAAAUUUGCCGACUGGAUGUGCAAAGACCCUAAAACCGGCGAGAUCUUCCGCGCAGAUCACCUAGUGGAGGAAGUUCUUGAGGCUCGCUUGAGAGGUGAUAAGGAAGCGCGUGGCCAGAAAGUCGUUGUGGACGAAGAGAAGGAGGCCAAGAAGAAGAAGAAGUCUAAGGAGACUAAGGCCGUUAAGCUGGACGAUGCCGUUGUCAAGGAGUAUGAGGACAUUUUGGCACAGAUUGAUAACUAUGGUGGCCCAGAGCUGGAACAGAUUAUCACCAAGUAUGAUAUCAGGAAUCCCACGACUGAUGGCAAUCUUCUCCCUCCUGUUGCGUUCAACCUGAUGUUCCAAACCUCAAUUGGUCCUAGCAGCAAUAUGCCUGGCUAUCUUCGUCCCGAAACUGCUCAGGGGCAGUUCCUAAAUUUCCAGAAGCUGCUGGACUUCAAUCAGCAAUCAAUGCCCUUCGCGUCGGCCUCAAUUGGCAAGUCCUUCCGCAACGAGAUCUCACCCCGUGCCGGUCUGUUGCGAGUGCGCGAGUUCCUCAUGGCUGAAAUCGAGCACUAUGUUGACCCGGAGGGCGGCAAGAAACAUGCUCGCUUUGAAGAGAUGAAAGAUAUCGAACUUUCCUUGCUUAGCCGUGACGUGCAGCUGUCUGGAAGCACCCAAACCACGAAGAUGACCAUCGGCAAGGCCGUCGAAUCCGGCCUGGUUGACAACGAAACGCUCGGAUACUUUCUCGCCCGCAUUCAGCUCUUCCUUCUUAAAUUGGGUGUGGACCCUACUAAACUUCGCUUUCGUCAGCACAUGGCUAAUGAAAUGGCUCACUACGCUGCCGAUUGUUGGGAUGCUGAACUGCAAACUAGCUAUGGCUGGAUCGAAUGUGUGGGCUGUGCCGACCGUAGUGCUUAUGACUUGACUGUGCACAAGAACAAGACCGGAGCGCCUCUUGUUGUCCGUGAACCUCGAGUAGAACCUUUGAAAGUUGAAGAAUGGCAGGUCGACUUGGACAAGAAGAAGUUUGGUCCUCGCUUCAAGAAGGACGGUAAGGCUGUUGCGGCCGCUGUUGAGGCGCUGUCCCAGGAAUUCCGUGAAAAGUUAGCACUCGACCUGGAGCAGAACGGCAAGAUCGAGGUGGAUGUUGAGGGCGUUGGCUCGGGCAAAGUCGAGCUGGAUAAGGAAUUGGUAAAAAUUGAAAAACGGACACGAGUAGAGAACGUCCGCGAAUACACGCCUAAUGUCAUUGAACCAUCGUUUGGCAUUGGCCGCAUCCUGUACAGCAUGAUCGAACAUGUGUACUGGUCACGAGAGGGAGAUGAAGCGCGUGGUGUCCUGUCCUUCCCUCCAGCAAUUGCUCCGACCAAGGUUCUCAUCGUCCCUCUUUCGACCCACGCAUCUUUCCGUCCUCUAUCACGCCGUCUGAUGAUGAAGAUGCGUCGCCUGGGUGUUUCAAACCGGGUUGACGAUUCCUCGGCUAGCAUCGGAAAGCGAUACGCACGCAAUGACGAGCUUGGCACGCCGUUUGGGAUCACAAUUGAUUUCCAGUCGGUAAAGGACAACACCUUCACUCUUCGUGAUCGUGACUCGACUAAGCAGGUUCGUGCCAGCGAGGACGAGAUCCUGCAGGCUAUCAGGUCUUUAGUGGAAGGCGAGGAGACAUGGGAAGACGUUCGCAAGCGACUGCCUGAGUUCACUGGACAAGAAAUUGAUUAG